UUAGCAUUCGUCAGGUUUACUGUCACUUGCUCCCACGCCCCUUUGCCCCCAUUUACUCUCUCCUUCUUCUUCCCUUGUCUUGUGCAUGAGCACAAACGCUGCUGAUUGGCUGGAAUAGUGUGGUGUGACUCAGGGCAAGCCAUUUUGUUAAUAUCCAUUUUACAAAGCCAGGUACAGACAGUGUACAGACACCGGAGUUUUUUUCAAAACCCACACAGAACGGACAGCUAGCGGAACGUGAGGAGAUAUUCACUGAAUUUGACAACGUAUUAGAUUAGUCGCUUACUCUACCUUUAAAAGUAAGUAUUCACUUUCAUCACAGAUGCAAUAUUUUACAUAGUUUCUUGUCUACAUGAACGAAUACAGCAUAUCAGAAGUAUGACAGGUGCGUCAGUUGCCUGUUCACAUUCAAUCCAGUCAGACUUCUUUCGUUUAGAAGCACUUCAGUAGUGUUCACAGACCAGUACUUAGAUCUACAGGUGUGAGGAUCUGUCCAGAUGGAGAAAUACAAGGUGGAACUAUUUUCAAUUUACAGAAAUAUGAGGAUGUCCACCCCGGACUUCCGGAGCCAGAGCAUACAUUCGUAAAUGUCACGGAUUAUAUAACUGUUCUCCUGGUUGUCUCUCUCAGUUAAACUAAUACUUAGGCUGCAGUUAAGUAAGAAGUAAGACUUAAUUUGUACAGCUAUUUUUCAAAAUAGGGUUGAAACGAGCUUCACAGUUGCAAAAAUAUGAUAAACACAAUAACCUAUUUCAACUCCUCCUAGGCAGCGGUGGAAAGUAAGAACUUACAUUCACCGUACUGUAAAUAUUAUACUUUUUACUUUUUUUGCUUUAGUUAGUGACUUUACAGAUUCAGAUUUUACAUAUGGAACCUGUUAAGAGCUGUUAAAAUAUAAUUAUUUGUAAAGGAUUUAACCGCCAAACUGUAUAAAAUUAGACCACCACCCCCUUUCCCUCUCUCUCUUUCUCUAUCUCUCACUCUCUUACUCAAACCCUUUCUCUUAUGAGGCUGUAUUUGUUAAUGUUAACAAAACAGAUAAUUCCAGACCUUUGCUUGAGGAAAUUUUGUCUAACUUGACUUUAUCCUCCUAAGACCCGAACUCUUGCAUGGCAUGCAUUUUUAAUUUCUCUUUGCUAUUUAUUCUGAUUGGGACCUGAGAAAAAUGAUGUCCACAUAUGAGGACAUUAGUUUUAAAUUUCAAUUACUGAGUGGCAGUAUAAUAUCCUCAUAUGUGGUCACCAGGCCCUUGUUGAGAAAAAGUUAGUAUUGUGGUCUAGAGAACCCAAAAUGUGAGGUCCACAUAUGUGGACGCCAGGUCCUAGGAGGUUAAUGAAUUUAAAAUGAACACCCCUGCUAUAUUGUAUUCCUAAUUUGACUAAAUUGGCUAUACAAUAUUACUAAUAUUACCUAAUACCACAUGAAUGUGGAUAAGACGAGUAUGGCAGCAGCCAUCUUGAUUUGAGUGAGAGGCACACAUCGUCCAAAGCAAUAAUGGUCUUAGGCCCCAUCAAAGCUGAAGUGGACCAUAAAGAGAACUGAGUCUUCCUUCAAAUUAACUCACAAUGUGAAUGCAAAAAGAACCCUCUUCCCUUUUCUGUUGGACCACUUUAGGAGAACUGAGUUUGGUUUGUAUAAAAAAAUAUAUAUGUGAAAACAAUCUCAAAUAGACCUACUAUUAUCAAAGCACGUACUUCUUUUGAUGAUAGUUUGAAGCUCAUUAUCAACACCGUUAUUUCUCUCUCCAUACAUUUCAGGAGCCAUGCCACUGCAUUGUGUGUGUGGAAUAUUUGUAUUCCUGAGUGUCUGUCUGAUUUCCUUCACAACACCUUGCAAUGGAGGGAACAUUCUGGUGUUCCCCGCAGACGGCAGCCACUGGGUCAACAUGAAGAUCCUGCUAGAAGAACUUCAUGCCAGAGGACACAACAUCACUGUGAUCAGGGCCUCCACCAGCUGGUACAUCGCAGAAAAGUCUCCUCUCUAUACAUCUAUCACAGUUGAAAUGACUGAAGGUUAUGAGGACUUUUUUGGUUCGUACCUUGAGGAGCAUAUGAGGUCGGAGAGAGAGGGGGCUUCAGCACUUACAUUCUUCAAACUCACCAAGGAUUUCCUCUCUAUGGUUGCUCAGGGCCAUUUACUGUGGUGUGAAGCCUUCACUCAAAUCUUUGAUGAUGAGAAUAUGGUCAAAAGCUUAAUGGAUUCCCAAUAUGAUCUUGUUCUCACUGACCCAGCCGUAUCAACAGGGGUCGUACUAGCCAAAUAUCUCAAACUGCCCCUGGUGCUCAAUGUUCGUUGGAUCACCAGCGGAGAAGGCCACUUUGCAAUAGCCCCCUCACCACUCUCUUAUAUCCCAGUGCCAGGAUCGGGAUUAACUGAUAAAAUGAAUUUCAUGCAGAGGAUCAAGAACAUGUUUUUCUACAGCAUCAUACUGUUGCAGCAGAAAUUCAUGCUGGGGCCAAGCUACGAUGCCCUCUGUGAUAAAUAUAUAGAGGGUGGUUGUGAAAUCAUCGCACUUCUUCAAGAAGCAGACAUUUGGUUGUUCAGGUCUGAUUUUGUGUUUGACUUCCCCCGGCCCACAAUGCCAAAUGUUGUCUACAUAGGAGGGUUCCAGUGCAAACCGGCCCAACCUCUGCCAGCACACCUGGAGGAGUUUGUUCAGAGUGCUGGGGAGCACGGAGUGAUUAUAAUGACUCUGGGAACUUUGGUUAAUGCUUUGCCCAAAGAUGUUGCAGAUGAAAUUGCCAGCGUCUUUGCUAAGAUGCCUCAGAAGGUGUUAUGGAGGCACAAAGGGGGACGUCCCUCCACUUUGGGCAACAACACUCUGAUAGUGGACUGGAUGCCACAGAACGACCUCCUGGGCCACCCACAGACCAAAGUCUUUGUAGCUCACGGAGGAACCAAUGGAAUCCAGGAAGCCAUUUACCAUGGUGUCCCUGUGCUUGGCAUACCCUUGUUCUUUGACCAAUAUGACAACCUCCUACGUUUGCAGGAGAGAGGAGCUGGAAAGAUCAUUCAGUUAGUUGAUGUUAAUGGCCACAGUUUUGAACAAGGUCUCAAGGAAGCGCUCCAUCAAGACAGCUACAGACUGAACAUGCAAAGACUCUCACGUCUGCACAGAGAUCAGCCAAUACCACCCAUGGAUCGGGCCAUCUUCUGGGUGGAAUACGUGAUGCGCCAUAAAGGGGCUCCACACCUGCGUACAGAGGCUUAUAAGAUGCCCUGGUACUCAUACUACUGUUUAGAUGUAGUGGUACUAUUGCUGACCAUAGCAACUGGACUGCUGCUCUCUGCUUUGGCCUUUUUCAGGUUUCUCUGCUGCAGCAGAAGAAGAAAGACCAAAGCCAAGCAACACUGACUGAGGUCAAAUUCAUUUAGAAAUAUGCUACAAUGGGUUCUCUAAAGCAGAUAUAGUUAAAGUUAUAAUGAAACCUUCAAUCAGCUGAAGUAAAGUAAUUCAUCUUAUCAUGGGUGUGUACAUUUUGUGUCUUUUUGGUGUCUUUGUCACAACAUUUUUACCAACUUUAGCUCCUGUUGUAUGGGAGAUCUUGGAAUGCUGCAUGAGACAGAGUUUCCUCCAUCAGUAAACCAUUAGAUGAUGGAAUUUGUCAUAGAAAGAAAUUGUCAUGGCGUUUCAUUCUCUUCCAGCUGACUUGUAAGCACUUUUUAUGUCAUGCACACAAAUUGAUUUUUUCUGGAGAUGUGAAGAAACCUGAUAUUAUUGUAAUGGAAGGGCACGAGGGAACGAGUAAUUCCAUAUCUGACGUGUACAAUCUCACUUCCUGUCAGUGCAGUAUAAUAAACUUGCAUCCUGUGUGUGACAA